UAGACCGGUGUUUUCACGUUAGCCAACGGGGCUACAUUUAACGUUUAGACGGCUAAACAUGUCUGCCUCCAUGGUGGUUCGAGCGACCGUCAGAGCUGUUAGUAAAAGAAAGAUAUUAGCUACAAGAGCUGCGUUAACUCUGACUCCUCCUGCUGUGAAUAGGAUCAGGACCCUACUGGAGAACAAGCCAGAAUAUAUUGGUCUGAGAGUAGGUGUGAGGACGAGGGGCUGUAAUGGUAUGACCUACACUCUGGACUUCACCAAGCAGAAAGACAAAGCUGACGAGGAGGUGCUGCAGGACGGUGUGCGUGUAUUCAUAGAGAAGAAGGCCCAGCUGACUCUGCUGGGGACAGAGAUGGACUUUGUGGAGUCCAAGCUGUCCAGUGAGUUUGUCUUCAACAACCCCAACAUCAAGGGCACCUGCGGCUGUGGCGAGAGCUUCAACAUCUGAGAGAGGUUCCUGCUGUGGCCUUCCUACACACACGUCAUCUAAUGUCCCCUAACAGUAGUCCUCCACACACACACACACACACACACACACACACACACACACACACACAGCCGAACCGUCCUCACACACCGUCCCAUCCCCUUCCCUACCCAGAGGCCCGUGAGGUGAGUAGAGGAAGGACAGAACUGUAAAGCUUUGGGCCUUGGAGCGAGGUGGUGAUCCUUAGGUCAGUAGGGAAUUUGAUCGUGUAGCCAAACACUGCUCUUUACCUGUGAGCCGUUCGACUCCCCCACUGAAGUCCUAGCUGCCCUAGUCUCAGACCAAGGACCACGUAGACACGCUGGUUCUGACAGUUAGACUAGACCGUAACAGAAGACUUGGAGAGCUAGACGGAGUAUAGACAGCAAAGGAGAUGUUGGUUAGCCAAUGGAACGCGGCACAGGAAAGUGUCAUCCAGCCACAUGAUGCAGGUGUCAGUGGGGCGCAACAUUACAGAACAUUCAGAUAGAAAUGUGUUGUAUAGAACAUAU